AUGGCCCGCGGGUAUUUCCAGCACGGGGGGGUGACGUUCCCGGGGCUCCUCUACUCCCCCCGCGGGCUCCAAAACGCGCGGGACUUCCUCGUGGAGGACGACGACGUCUUCAACGUCACCUACCAGAAAUCGGGCACGGUGUGGAUGCUGGAGAUCCUGAGCCUGAUCCUCAAGGACGGCGAUCCCGGCUGGUGCCGCUCGGUGCCCAACUGGGAUCGGGGGCCGUGGCUCGAGACCCUCCUGGGGUACCGGAGAGCUCGGGGGAACCCCCGGCCCCGAAUCAUCAGCUCCCACCUGCCCGUGCAGCUCUUCCCUAAGGCCUUCUUCGGGUCCAAGGCCAAGGUGAUUUACACGGUGAGGGACCCCAAGGAUGUCCUGGUGUCCCUUUAUCACUUCGCCUGAAUCUUCCGGCCCUACAAAGACCCCGGAACGCUCGAGGAGUUCAUGGAGAAAUUCCUGCAGGGAGACGUGCCGUUCGGGUCGUGGUUCCAGCACGUCCGGGGGUGGCUCCAGCUCCGGGGCAGGGACAAUUUCUUCUGGAUCAGCUACGAGGAGCUGCAGCAGGACCUGCGUGGCAGUGUCCAGCGCCUCUGCUCCUUCCUGGGCCACCCCCUGUCCCCCGGGGCCGUGGACGCCGUGGUGGCCAACGCGUCCUUUGUCACCAUGAGCCACAACCCCAUGAGCAACUUCAGCCUCUCCCCCCAGUUCAUCCUGGACCAACAGAGGGGACCCUUCCUGCGCAAGGGGAUCUCGGGGGACUGGAGGAACCACCUGAGCCCCGAGCAGAGCGCCCGCUUCGACCUCGUGUACCGCGAGCAAACGGCCGGCUGGGGGUCUCCUUCCCCUGGGACCCCCCCACAGACCCCAGGGGACGCCCCCUGGAGACCCCCGGGGCCGAGGGGACCCCCUGAGCCCCCAGGAGACCCCUAA